CUUUCAACAUUCAACAUGGUGAAAAGAUCGGAAGACAUCCUUGUUGAAAAAUGGGACAAAUGUAUUGUGGAUGUUGCACUGAAGACAAUAUCUGGGGCAACAAUUGGAGGAAUAUUAUCACUAACAAAAUUUGGAAGAACUAAAGGUGGGACCAGGUGGUCAUUGUUGUUCUUCACUGGUGUAGGAUUAGGGAUGGGCAUGGCCAACUGUAACAAUGAAUUUAAAUAUACAAACCUCAUGAAGCUGAAACAGGACCCCGAAAAGUCAUAGUGACAGUUUGAUUUAGAAGCGACGUCAAUUUAAUGGAGUGAUAAAAAGAAGAGUUGUGAGGUCUGCGUUUGUAGGGAGAAAGGACAGAAUUAAUUUCAAAGUGAAUGAACUGUCAUCAGUGGACCUAGUUACAUUUUUAAGCAGGAGUUAUUUCCCUUGGGUAAGAGAGUGUGAAAACAAUCUUGAUUUAUCUAAGAAAAGAGGCCUGCUUGAAAAUGAUUACUGGACAUUAUCAAAAUUGGGAGGAAAAGUUAAAAAAUGUACAAUAUAUUGAUUAUAUUAUUCACAUUGUAUGAUAAAAUAAUCAUUAUACAAAACAUAUUUCGAGUACUUUGAGUGAUGCAGGUACUAAUGCACUUGUGUUAAGAUCAUGACCAACUAAUCCUGUUUUCACUGUUUAAAUGUAGAUCUUAACAAUGUAAAGUGUUAUGACAUAAUGUCUGUGUGACUAAUGAUACGUAAGUUUGGUUUCUCUGAGGUGUGAAAAGUCCAGUUUAUAUGAAUCUUCUCAUUUCUGGAUUUGAAUUUCAUCUUGUAAUCAACCAACAAAAUUUCAAAAGAUUAAACUUUUGAAUGAAAUCGAAAUUUUUGAAAUUGAAAUGUGUAGAAAAUAGUGCUGUUCUCAUAUUUACAUUGACUAUAUACAGACACCAGUUUGUAGUUUGUGCUUAUUUCUACUUACAAGCUUUUGUUUUCCUACAGGAUAUGUUGUGUUUUAUUUAGAAUUUGAGAUAUUGGUAGGGAAAUGAAAACAUUGUUGAUAUGAGAACCGCUCCAAAAAUUGUAACAUUAUGAUAUUUAGAAAAGAGGGGGGGGGGGGGAAUAAAAAACAGUCACAGUAAGAUAGCAAUUAUCUUUUGCAAUGAAAGUUACAGAGUCAAAGGAAGCACACAAAUGUAAAUUAUUUAGCCUUGUAUUUUAUUGUGGCCAAUAAAGACAUAUAGAAGUG